AUGUCAACCCUCAAGUCCUACGAACUCUCUUCAGGACAAGUGGUGAAUCUAGAUAAGUCUGAGGUCUCGUUCAGUCAAAAUGUGAAGGAAGAAGACAAAGACAUGAUCCGUACAAGGAUGGGAGUAAAGACUGUAGCCUCUCACACUAGAUAUCUGGGAUUACCGGUGAUUUUCGGAAGAUCUAAGAAGGAGGUCUUCUCGCUUGUUAUUGAGAGAGUUUGGAAGAAAAUCAAGGGAUGGAAAGAGCAAUUCUUAUCUAGAGCUGGGAAGGAGGUGCUGAUAAAAGCAGUGGCUCAGGCGAUUCCAACUUAUGUGAUGAGUUGCUACAAACUGCCAGAAGCUAUUUGCAAUGAGAUCGAGGUUAUGUUGGCAAAGUUUUGGUGGGGGUCCGGAGGUGGAGACAGGAAGGUACAUUGGAUGAGCUGGGAAAAACUGUCAAAACCCAAGGGCAGUAGAGGUAUGGGAUUUCGUGGUAUAAGUGAAUUUAAUAAGAGUCUCUUAGGUAAACAAUAUUGGAGGCUCCUGGACUGCGAGAACUCUCUUAUGAACAGAGUGAUGAAAGGCCGUUACUUUCCCAGGACUGCUGUGGAUAAAAGCUGCAGUGGAUACGCUCCAAGUUAUGCUUGGAGGAGUAUUUUAAGUGCACAAGAUCUGGUCCACAAGGGAGCUAGGUGGAGAAUAGGAAAUGGUGCUCAAGUCAAGGUUUUCGAGGAUAGGUGGCUGCCAUCUAAUCAGGGUUUCAAAGUUAAAUCCCAAAGAAGAUAUCUUGCUGAGGAUUGUACGGUUUCAGAUUUAAUUGAUGAAGAUCUGAAGACUUGGAGAAGGGAGCUCGUUUUCUAG